GACACAGGACAAACCUGACACACACUGGGACUGACUACAGUACAAGACUAGAACUGUACUACUACUUCUACUACUACUACUACUACUACUACUACUACUACAACUACUACUACUACUACUACUGCUGCUGCUGCUGCUCCAGAGGAUUACUGCUGAUGAAUGAGCAUUUUAAAGUCCCUGAUGACCUGAGUCCAGAGGAGAAGAAGGAGCUGGAGUCGAUUCGCCGACGUAAAGAAGAACUGCUCCAGGACAUCCAGAGGCUGAAGGAUGAGAUCGCGGAGGUGACCAGCGAGAUAGAAAACCUGGGGCAGUCUGAAGAACGGAAGAACAUGCAGAGGAACAAACAGAUGGCUGUGGGCCGCAAGAAGUUCAACAUGGACCCCAAGAAGGGGAUCCGGUUUUUGAUUGACAGCGGCCUGUUGAAAAACACCAGUGACGACAUCGCUCGCUUUCUCUACAAAGGGGAGGGGCUUAACAAGACCGCCAUCGGGGACUAUCUGGGAGAGAGGGACGACUUUAACAUCUCCGUGCUUCAGUCGUUCGUGGCUCUUCACGAGUUCUCAGACCUGAACUUGGUCCAGGCUCUGAGGCAGUUCCUGUGGAGCUUCAGGCUGCCGGGAGAAGCUCAGAAGAUCGACCGCAUGAUGGAGGCCUUCGCUGGGAGAUACUGCGGCUGUAACCCCGGGGUUUUCCAGAGCACCGACACCUGUUACGUUCUGUCGUUCGCCGUCAUCAUGCUCAACACCAGUUUACACAACCCCAACGUCAAAGACAAACCCACAGUGCAGCGAUUCACCUCCAUGAACCGAGGAAUCAACGACGGAGGAGACCUGCCCGACGACCUGCUGCGGAAUCUUUAUGAAAGUAUAAAGAAUGAGCCGUUUAAAAUCCCAGAGGACGACGGAAACGACCUGACGCACACGUUCUUCAACCCCGACAGAGAGGGCUGGCUCCUCAAACUCGGAGGAGGCAGAGUGAAAACCUGGAAAAGACGCUGGUUCAUUCUCACGGACAACUGCCUCUACUAUUUUGAAUACACAACCGACAAAGAACCGAGAGGAAUUAUCCCGUUAGAAAACCUGAGCAUCAGAGAAGUGGAAGACUCCAAGAAACCGAACUGUUUUGAGCUGUUCAUCCCGGAGCACAGGGACCAGGUGAUAAAAGCCUGUAAGACCGAAGCGGACGGACGAGUGGUGGAAGGAAACCACACGUUCUACAGGAUCUCAGCUCCCACCAGAGAGGAGAAGGAGCACUGGAUCAACUGCAUCAAAGCCGCCAUCAGUAAAGACCCGUUCUACGAGAUGCUCGCCGCUCGAAAGAAGAAAGUAUCGGCUCACAAAGGACUGUAAACAAACGAUCCGAUUCACACACGCAAACUUAUCUAAUCGUCAAAUGAGACAAGCCAUGGUUCAAAUGGUCCUUUUACGUUUCACACCACGACUCGCUUUUACAGAGGAACUUCUCCAGACUGUUAAAGCCGCACUGUGUAACUUUUCUGCUCGUCUCCGUGGAGAUGACGUUACCGCUUUGUCUCCGGGGCCAGGUUACGGGUCAGAUCUCUCCACUCCGAGUAAAAACGCAAUAAAAACGCGCGUAAAAACUGAAUAAACGUAGAUCAGACUCUGAGAGCGAAUGCCGUAUUGCGGAACAUUUCGGGCAACGCAACGACGUCUCCACGGAAGCCGAUUCUCUGCCAGAAAAGUUACACAAUGCACCUUUAAAAAGACUCAACACAGUAUUUUUGCUUUUCCAUUAAAUCUAUGUUAAAAAAAAAAAAAAACUCUUAUAUUUAAUACAGAAUUUUGAUUUGAUUUGAAGUUUUUUUUCUUUGUAAGUUUUUGUAUGUUUACUACGAUUGUCCCUCUGUGGUCAAAGCACUGUUUAUUUAUCCAGAUUUGUAGUAAUUUAUUUGAAAAUAUUAAACGUUUGAAUAUAAAAACGGG